AUGUCUGUAACGAUAUGCCAGUCCAUGGGCUUCGUGGUGUCCGCUUUAGGAAUAGGAGGCAUCAUCGCGUCAACAUGCAUGGACCAGUGGAGCACCCAAGACCUGUACAAUAACCCGGUGACGGCGGUGUUCAACUACCAGGGCCUCUGGCGCACAUGUGUCCGGGAGAGCUCUGGCUUCACCGAAUGCCGCGGCUACUUCACUAUCCUGGGGCUGCCAGCAAUGUUCCAGGCUGUGAGGGCCCUCAUGAUUGUGGGUAUCGUCCUGGGCAUCCUUGGCCUCCUUGUGUGCAUUUUCGCUCUGAAAUGCAUCCGUAUCGGCAACAUGGAGGAUUCUGCAAAAGCCAACAUGACUCUGACCUCCGGCAUCAUGUUUAUUGUUGCUGGCCUGUGUGCCAUCACUGGAGUGUCUGUGUUUGCCAACAUGCUGGUCACAAACUUCUGGAUGUCCACAGCCAACAUGUACCAGGGAAUGCAGAACGUCCAGAACAGGUACACCUUUGGCUCAGCCCUCUUUGUUGGCUGGGUGGCAGGUGGCCUGGCCCUUGUAGGAGGCAUCAUGAUGUGCCUUGCUUGCAGAGGGCUGAUUCCAGAAGAAUCCCGUUACAAAGCGGUGUCUUACAAUGCAUCGGGACGGAAUAUCUCCUACAGAACGGGGCCCUAUAAGGUUGGUUCAGGGUACGAACCUGAAACAAAGACUAGGAAGAAUGCAGGAUAUGAAGAAGCUGCUCGAAGUGAGGAUGGAAGACGCUCAUACCCUUCAAAAUAUGACUAUGUCUAG